UUUGAGUCUCAUCUUCCCCUAUCAAUUCCUUUUCCCACACUCUUAUCCUUCUCUCUCUUCUUUCUCACACUUCGACUUUAAUCAAAACUCUCAAUUUCCGGCUAUAUUAUUCCGCCAGGCUUAAUUGAGGCUGUUUUUUUUGGGGAAUUAGAUGUAUUUUAGAAAUUGAAUUCGUUGUUGUGCAACAAGUUUAGGUUGUUACAAGAGGAACAAAUAAGGCAACGAGUACAAGAGGAACAAUUGCCAUUAAUCUCAGGUUACAAUUUGAUGACUUCCUUUGAAACAUAUGGGAGAACGGAAAGAGGAGGAUUUAUAUCGUAAUUUCUCCAGAAAGGAUCUCCAAGGCCUAUGUAAGAAAUAUGGUCUACCUGCUAAUAAGUCAAACUCUGAAAUGGCAACAUCCUUGAUUCUUUAUUUGGAGAUGAAGAACAUGAGGUCCAAAGCAAUAUGGGAGGGGACUAGAACAGAUGCCUUUGCUUCUGGAACAACAGAGUUGCAGGCUAGUGUGAGGAUGAAUCUGACUGAUGAUCUGAAUAAAGAUUGUGGACACAUGGCGUCUCAUAGUUGCUCUGGCAACAAUCAACACUAUGGUCAUCAAGAUGCUCAGCUGAAUAAUUUUCUGAUUGGCAAGGGUUCUGCUACUUCUAAUAAGGCAUCUGAAGAGGUGGGUAUUUUAACGAAACUCAAUAGAGGAAGUAAUAGUGAUGUAGGUAUAGAGAACACCUUCUCCUCUGUUGUUAGCUCUUCUGUAGUAGCUCCUUCCCCUACUUUUACAUUUGAUGUCUGUUGUGAGGAUGGGAUUCAACUUCAUGUUGAUCUGGAUUCAAGCCCAGCAGACUGGAUUGAGAAUUUAAAAUCUGGAAUUCACAUAUGUCAUGAUGUGCACAAGCCCAUGUCACAAAGUUUCCAUCAAGAUAUAGGCCUUUUAUGUUGUAAACAAAAACACGACUCUUUUAUGGAUCAAUCCAAGGAGACAGCAAAUGGCCAAGCUGAAGUUGGACCUUGCCCAGCCACGUUGGCUGAUAAUCAAGCUCGAAUUGAUAAUCCCGAUGGAAGAGAAGACUCUAUGUCUUCACCUGGAUUAAAAUCAUUGUACAAUGCUGUUCGCAGCCUGGAGAAUUCAAAAGAGAAAGCAAAUUUAUCAUCCAUACUUGAAUCUGGUAUUGAGAGGAAAGUUCCUGGUGUAGAAUCUAGUGUAAGAGAGGAAAUGUUGGCCACUGAUUCAGAUGUUAAUGCAGUCAUCCGGAAAUCAACGUCCCAGACUGAAACUUGUAACAAUACAGGAAACUCUGUGCCAUCUGAUUCUAAAAGUUUAGUUGUACUGACACACCAGAGUGCAAGUGAUGUGGAUGGAAUCUGUGAAAACUCAUCUUUGGAGCAAACUUGCGGCUCACUUGAUGCUGUUCUGAGAAGUAGUAAAUUGUCAACAAAUGUGCAAGCAUCUCCUCAUGCUAAUACUAAUCAAGAUUUGGAUUUUCCUUCUGAAGCUCAUAGAUGUGUGGACUUAGAUAAUUCUGUUCAGACUUCCACCAGAGAUGAGCUUCAGACGAGACCUACUCAAGCAGUUGACCAGAGAAAAUCUGUGUCCUGUUUAGGGUUGAACAAUCAUUUACCGGAUCUUGCUGAAAACGGCAGCAAAGAGGACACUCAGUAUGGAACAGCAUCCUUCUUCAGGAAGUCUGAUAGGCAAAUAAGAGAGGGUCAAACACUUUCAGCAGAUAACACUGGAUUUCUUGGGACACAUGACGCUGGUAGAAGAACUGACGAGCUUCAGCAAAAAGUAGCAGCAGUUCAUCCCUGCUCUACUGAUGGUUCCGUUGACUUGCCUGUUCCUAACCAAAAUGGUGAGGAUAGACACAUUUCAACUGAACCAGAUGAAGUUAGAGAGGAUGUUUGCACAAGCGCAUCAACAAUGAAUGUUAGAGAUAUGGGUACUGUUGACACUGGAAACAGAAGGGAUUUAUCAGAAUUCUUGAAAGAACGUAUGGAAGAGCCCUGUAAAAAGCUUACAGCUUCAGAAUCAAAUUGGAAACUUAAGAGAAAGCGACAUUUUAAUCACUUUGAAGGUCAAAGUAAGUUUGUUAACACGGAGGCAAAGAUUUUAAGGUCCUCAAAGCAGUUUGUUGGAGAUGUUCACUCGAAACGUAGAAGAUCAUCACGUCUCUUUACUAAGUGAGUUGUGCAGGACACAAUUGGAGGUACUUUUGGUACUAUGAGAAAGCGAGAUGCUAAGGUUUCCUCUAUUUGCUGGAGAACACACAGAUACAAAGAAUGAAUAAUGGUGCUGCAUAUACUAUACAUUCAUAAAUACCUAUAUAUUUUAUAUCAUUGCUUCAUUAAUCCUGCCCUUUUGUACAUGAGGCCAUUGCUCCCCUUUUUUAAAAUUAUUUUGGUCUCUAUUUGAGGUUUGUAUAUUAGGUUGUAUUAUUGUGGUUACAUCUAUUUGAGGUUUGUAUAUUAGGUUGUAUUGUAUAUUACUACUAUGUCCCUUUGUGAUUGUUAUUGGUAGUGAUAGUUCUCGUCACUACACGUCACUAUCAGUAGUAAUCUCAAAGGAACGGAGGGAGUAGGUUGUAUUAUUGAGGUACAUCUACGUUUUUAUUAUAUUUUAGGUUUCUACUUUUUGAUUGUAAUUUGUGUGACAAAGAUCUCUCUACAAGACUGUUGGCUCAUGUCUGGCAUCUUUUUUCCAGAUGAGAGAAACCACCCAUAAGCUACUUCAAUUUGGUUUGCAUGAA